UCGUCGUCGCCGCCGUCGCCGCCGCCGUCGUCGUCGUCGUCGCCGCCGCCGCCGCCGCCGCCGUCGUCGUCGUCGCCGCCGCCGCCGCCUCAGCGGCGCCCGUGUUCACAGCCGGCGGCUGAAGAUUUUCAAGCCUCGCUUGCGACGUUUCGCCCCCGCUUUGCGGCGCAUUCCGGUUGGUGUCCUCUGACCGAUGGCCAUGGCCCGCGCUGGACGCCGAUCUGCCGCCCUGCCCGCGCUUCUGCUGCUGGCCCUCGGGGCGGCGGCGCUGCUGAGCUCCACGGGCGCCUUCGUGCCGGCGCCGAAGGCCGCCGAGCCAGCCGUGGCCAGCAGCGCGGCGCUGGGCGCCGCGUCGGGGCUUCUCGCUGCGGCGGACGCCGCCCACGCGAACGGAUCGCAGCUGUUCGGGGCCCGCUACACUGGCCUGCUCUUCGAGGAGAUCAUCCCCUACGCCCUGGUGUCGUCCUUCACGAUUCUGUGGGGGAUCGUGCUGGGCUUCGUGCUCCUCCGCCUGCAGGAGGCCUUCCCGGAGUGAGCGGGGCGGCCCGUGCACAGCGGACCGUGGCGCCGGGGACGACGAGGGGGUAUUUGGUCCCUCCGCGACUUGCUCCUCCCCUCGGGCUCCCUCCCUUGCCUCGUCCUCGCUGCUCUCCUCCAUCGUCGUCCCCUCGUGGGGCGGCCUUGCUGGGAGGCCUCGGCGCUUGCUGGGCCGCGGGGGCGCGUGCGCGAGACGCCGAUGGUCGAACACGCUUCCGUGCGGCCGAGUUUUCCUGUUUUGGGUGGAGUUUUUCUCGUCCGCGUGCCGUGAGAGUUGCCGCGGCGAGGGCAGCAAAAAACCCGUCGUCACAUCCUUUCGUCCCCCCCUAUCCUUUGCUCUCUUUCCUCGUCGUUGCCCAGCCGCAGAGCCUUGGAAUUCGAGUCUUCGCUGACCAUGUUUGCCUUGGUCAGCCACUUGGACAGGGUCUUCCGCGACGACGAGGCGUUCGUCGCUCACCGCGUCGCGAAGGUCGUGUGUGCCAGCCUCUGAUCUGGGGGCCGAGCGCGGCCGCCCUUUCCGCCUUGGGGCGAUUGGCGUCUGCCCCUGCCCUCCCCGACGCCCGUGAGCGCUGCGCCGCCCGUUUUCUUCUGGUUCCUGGGUUUGUCCUGGGUCUCCUUCUGGGCCCUGGGUUUUCUUUUGGGUCUUGGGUUUU